AUGUCCUCCGGGCACCAGAAAGCAACCAUGAAGCGAAAGCAACAUCAAGAAGUGGCUGUCACUGUGUCUAGCUUGGAUAACAAGUCAAAAAAGACCAAAAGUAUGUCAAAGAAAGCCCCUGACAGUAGUGAUGAAGACUCCGAGCUGGAACAAAACUUUGCCUUACUCAGUAAAAGGAGCUCCUCAGGUAUCAGCGAGGAAGACCAGGAAGAGUCUGGACGAGAGGAAGAGGAGGACAGUUUGAGUGGUGGAGAAGCUCUUGAGGAUGACAGUGACGAAGAGGAGGCUAAUGAUGAAGAUGAUGCAGAGGUUGAAAAUGUAGAGCGUGAUGGUACUGCUGGUACUGGUGGUGAUGAUGAUGAAGACCAGACAGGUUUGGGUAGUGACACUGAGGACUCCGAGGAUGUCGAAGAUGUCACAGAACAACCGGAAACGAUAAACAGUGGUGAAAUACAAACAAAAGACGACAUUAAAAAAGGUAAAUCGUAAGCACAGUUUCAUUCACUGCAGUUGAUCUCCCAGGAACAAAUGUUAGGUCUACAGGAUAGUUUGGUGUGUUCUCCAUCUCAUUUACGAAGAACAAAUCCUAUAGCCAUACUGAACUAUAACUAUACAAUUUGUAACCAAAUGGAAAUUGUCUGCAUUUGUAAUUUAAACAUAAGGUUGUAAAAUAUUAUCUACUAGUGAAACGUCAUGUAUUCUAAGCGAGCCAGCGAAUCCUUCAUUGUUCUUUAUCAUUUUUACAGAGCUUUCAACAAUGUCUUUUGAGGACAUUCUGGAGCUUCAAAACAAGGUGGGGACAAAGGUCUAUAAUGAAAUAGCCUACGGAACAACCAAGGUAAAACAAACACCCACGAAGAAACGCCUCAACAAGAAUAGGUAAUGUCCAAUUGUCUGUUCACCUUCAUGCAUUAGAAUAAGGGCCAUUCCAAUAGCUCAGUUGGUUGGAGCAUGGAUGGCGCUCUCAAUACCAGUGUUAUGGGUUUUUGAUUCCUAUGUGAACCACAUUGUAUGUGUUACACUCAAUACAUACAUUCAGUAUCGGUAAGUUGUUUUGGAGAAAAGCUGUUAUUUCAGCACUGUGGGGAUGGUAUAUGUAUUUAAACUCCUAAAAAUGAUUUCUCAAACAUUGUAUUUUGUUUUAAGGCCCAUGGAGAUAUCAGCCAAGAGGCCCGUCCCUUUUCUCAGACAAGUAGUUCCUGUCAAGAAAACAGUAAGGCACUUCUGAAGUCUUUUGUAGACUGACAUCAUCUCCAAAAUGUUGCUGUUGACCUCUCAACCCAUCUUGUUGCAUGCUGUAAUUGUCUGUCACGUUUUUUCCCCCCCAGGUGUCAAGAGAUCCUCGAUUUGACGAUCUGUCUGGUGAAUACAAACCGGAGAUCUUUGAGAAAACCUACAGAUUCAUCAACGACAUCAAACAGCGCGAGAGAGAUGUGUGAAAACGAUAAAGUCUAAUCAGUCCAUAUUUGUCUAGUCCAUAUCAGUCCGUUUUUCAUUAUUAGACAACAUUCAUUUAAUAGGACUUGUUCUGCAUAUCUUUUGUACAUCAUGGUCCUGUUUGUCCUCAAGAUUUUUACAUUUGACUAUCACUGAUUUUAAUUGUGUCCAUUCUUUGUGGUGUGUGUGUAUAUAUAGGUAGUGCAGAAGAAGCUCAAGAAACCAUUAAAGAGCAACCAGAAGAAGGAGAAACUUCAGUUCCUGUUGAAAAGAAUGGUGAGUUAACUGCUGAACACACACACACCCAUGCAAAGUAGUUUUAGAAUGAGGACUGCUUUUUCUUAGAACUCACCUGAUUCCUUCUCAUAUUCAGGAGAACCAGGAGCGGGCCCGGAAGAGCCGGGAACAGCAGCGUGAGAAGGAGCUAGAGUUCAAGAGGAAACAGAGAGAGAUGGCGGGCCAGGGACUGAAGCCUUUCUUCCUCAAGAAAUGUAAGUGUAUUACCAGUCGGGGUGUAAAGCAUGACAUUCUAUUCUAUAGUCUAUUUAUUCUAUUCUGAAGGCUAUUUAUUCUGCUCUAUAGACAUUAUUUUUCUAUGUUGUAAAGCUCUUAACUUCAGAUAUGAUACAGUUCUAUAGUCAAGGCAACAACAAUGCAAUAUUGUUGAACCCCUCUCUGAAUUUGUCACUGGACUAUAAUACAAUGCCGUACCCUGUUUGGUUGGGUGGGGAAUCUCUCAUGUUUUUUUCACAUUGUGAUUCAGACAUAUUACAAUGGAAUAAGAGACUGUAUCACUGUCCAAACGUCAUCUUCAUUGACUACAAGACACUUGUUGUAGAAAUGCCAUUACGGUGAAAGUGCAGAUAGGAUACUCAAAGCCUUACUCUGCUCUCUUAACCCUCUCACAGCCGACAAGAAGAAGCUGGAGCUGGCGGAGAAGUACAGCGAACUGAAGAAGAGCGGCAAGCUGGAAAACUUCCUCAGCAAGAAGAGGAAGAGGAAUGCUGGCAAAGACCGUAGGAAGCUGCCUUUCCAGCAGAAGUGA